AUGCGGCAGCCGGAGAUGUCUCACUCUCCUGCUUACUAUCAGGACAAUGAUCAGCUUGUGACGGCAUAUCUCCAAGAUGUACAGACCCCUGCCACACUUCCAGCUGCGGUACAUCUCCCUACCAAAUCGUCGUCCUCUCGGCAAUCUCUGACCCAGAGGAGUGUUGCCGAUGUAGCCCCUUCGGAUCUACGUUCUAUGCACGACUCUGGCUCGUACGCUACUCCCGAUACGACCAAUACUUCAGACGAUCACCAUCGGCACAGCCAGGGAUUGCGGAAGCUCGAAAACUAUAAUCAGGUGCCAGUUGGAUUUGUUUAUCCGGUCUCUGAGCAACUAGUGGUGACUCCGGUGACCAACGGAGCUGUGCGCAAAGACGAGCGCAUUCGUGGCAGUUGGACCGACCAUUCAUCAUACAUGUCCGGCGAUCAUCAUCCUCACAGCGCUCCCCGCGUCCACAAAAGAGCCAUACCUGAAGACGACUCUCUCGUGGAUGAGAGUCAGGAUGCGCUAUCGAUGCUGUUUCGACUCUCCUUUCCUGUCCCGAUCUUCUCCCUCUGCACAUCCUUAUAUACUGUCUUCGGUCUGAUCUUCGUCGUCCUCGUGUCUCCCCUUCGUCUCUGCUCCUUCGUUCCCUAUUUUCGCUCGACGUCGUUUCGUGCGCAGCUCUGCGAUCUUCUAGUGCCUCAGUUGCACAUCCACGAGCGAUUAGUCCUCCUGCGAAGGUCCACCGAAUCAAUAUAUAAUGAUACCGAACACUCAUCUCGUGCUGAAGCAAUGGAGUGUUAUUCUGUGGGGGGGUUAUUAAUGGUCCUUCUGCUGUCCUCCUUGCUGUCGAUCGCAUUCCUCCUUCUCGCCUGGACUGCUGCCUUCUUUUGGGUAUUUGCUAUGAUCCUUGGCAAUCCCGACGGCACCGAGCGCAAGGAUGAUGGCCGUGCCGCGGUUCUCGGCGUCUGUCGAUGGUGGCACUUGUGGCUGGGCAGAGCCAGAAAGGCGCCUCGCUAA